AUGCAGCAUCUACAUCAGUUUAAGAAUCUUCCAUUGGAUUCUGUGAAGAUGGAACCUUGUUACAUGAAAGUCAACCUGCUUCAAGAGCGCCUGCAGGAUCUCAAGAGCCGCUUCAAAUUCCCCCAUGUCGACCUGGUGGUCCAGAGGACGCAGAAUGACAUGCAAGAGCUGAUGGAAAAUGCAGUGUUCACUUUUGAGCAGUUGCUUUCCCCACAUAUCCAAGGAGAGGCCUCCAAAACUGCAAUUGCCAUUGAGAAGGUCAAGCUCCGAGUCUUAAAGCAAUAUGAUUAUGACAGCAGCACCAUCCGGAAGAAGAUAUUUCAAGAGGCACUGGUUCAAAUCACACUUCCCACUGUGCAGAAGGCACUGGCAUCCACGUGCAAACCAGAACUUCAGAAAUAUGAGCAGUUCAUCUUUGCAGAUCAUACCAGCAUGAUCCAGGUUGAAAAUGUCUACGAGGAGAUUUUGCAUCAGAUCCUCCUUGAUGAAACUCUGAAAGUGAUAAAGGAAGCUGCUAUCCUGAAGAAACACAACUUAUUCGAAGACAACAUGGCCUUGCCCAGUGAAAGCGUAUCCAGCUUAACUGAUCUAAAAACCCCCUCAGGGUCCAACCAGGCCAGCCCUGCCAGGAGAGUCUCUGCCAUUCUGCCUGGAGUGCUGGGUAGUGAGACCCCAAGUGAGGAAGUAUUCCAAGAGUCAGAGGAAAAGAAGCAGCCUGGGGUCCCUAGUUUGUUGAUCAAAGGAGAAAACCUUUCUCUCCCUGGGCCCAGCCUGCCCAUAGGUGUGGUUGAACAGGUGAUUAUUUCAAGAGUCGAUGACUCCGUUGUGAAUUCUGCAGCUGCAGAGGACACGGCAAGACUCCUGGGCACACACUCAUCAGAGCUGGAGUGUGGAGAGACCCCUGAGGACGAAGAAGGCACCCAUGACAAGUCAGAAUCCACUUCUGCCUCAGGCUCCUUGAUGGAGCUCAGAAAGUUGUUGACAGUGUCCGUUGAAGUGCCAGUGGACUCUGCUCUAGUGAUUGAAAAAGAUAUGAAGGAGGAAACCCUUGUCCUCCAAGAAAAUGAAAAAGAAGACGAGGGAACCCACAUCUAUACAGAGGCCAAGGAGGGCACUGCCUCCCAUCUGGACAGCUGUGAAAAAAAUGAAGUCAGUGAGAGGGAGGUCCAUCCUCCCCCUCUGGAGGCCGAGGCCUGUGGGGUGGAGCUAGGGGGAUUACCAGAGGCAAGCAGCCCUGGGGAGGAGUCUCAGCCAUCCUGUGGCGGGCUCCCCGAGGGUGCCGACUGCCCAGGCCCCACAGAGGAGCCCCUGGAGGGUGAGGAAGCCACUGAGAGGGAGCUCACAGGUAGGGCCUCCACACUGGCUGCCCAUGAAGUGGGGGAGGCCGAGUGCACUGUGGAGAGUGAGGCCAUACAACAAGGGGGCUCCGUUUUGGGUUCUGACCCCCUCUGCCCCAGGGGGAGCCAGAUUUCUGAGGAGCAAGAAGCGGUGGGAGAGAAAAGUAGCCCAGCCCAGGCCGUGAACACAGAGGAGGUUAAGGCUGCCCUUGUUCAUGAGUGUCAGUGGGUGGUCGAGAAUGCUCCGGUUUCACAUAAAGAUGAUGUGGAGGGGGGAGAAGGUUGUCAGGAGAGUUCCUCAGAGCAGCCCUCAGAGGAAUGA